GUGAUCCCGUUGAUGAACGUGGCCCGAUUGAUCAGAGCAAGAUGGCGAACAUCCAUGCCAAUGCACCUGCUUAUGAUGAGCUGUCUCCCUCGCAAGAGGUACUUGAGACAGGCAUCAAAGUGAUUGACUUGAUCUGCCCGUUUGCGCGUGGUGGUAAGGUGGGUCUGUUCGGUGGUGCGGGUGUGGGCAAAACCGUUAACAUGAUGGAGUUGAUUAACAACAUCGCUACCGAGCACAGUGGGCUGUCUGUAUUUGCUGGUGUGGGUGAGCGUACCCGUGAAGGUAACGACUUUUACUACGAAAUGAUAGGUGCGGGCGUUGUCAACCAGGAUAAUCUGAGCGAAUCUAAAGUGGCGAUGGUCUACGGUCAGAUGAACGAACCACCUGGCAACCGUCUGCGCGUGGCGUUGACGGGUCUGACUAUGGCGGAAUCUUUCCGCGAUGAGGGCCUGGAUGUACUGUUCUUUGUGGAUAAUAUCUAUCGCUACACUCUGGCGGGUACGGAAGUAUCAGCGCUUUUGGGUCGUAUGCCUUCAGCGGUGGGCUAUCAGCCUACGUUGGCUGAAGAAAUGGGUAAACUGCAAGAGCGUAUUACCUCUACCAAAGUGGGCUCUAUCACCUCUAUUCAGGCCGUGUACGUGCCUGCGGAUGACUUGACCGAUCCGUCUCCUGCUACUACGUUUGCCCACUUGGAUUCAACCGUAGUGUUGUCACGUGAUAUUGCAUCUUUGGGUAUUUACCCAGCGGUGGAUCCACUUGACUCUACCAGUCGCCAGUUAGACCCCCAUGUUGUGGGAGAUGACCACUACAACACGGCGCGUGCCGUACAA